AUGGCGGACGUAGACGGUCACAAAAUAAUAUAUUGUGAGUCUGAUGGAACAUUUAAAAGAAUCAGUGGACAUAAGUUAUCAGGCGCGAACCUUAUUUUAAAGUAUCAAUUCAGUAACCCAAUUAUAGCAUGUGCAGUAGAGUGUUUCCAGACCGAAUGUUUAUCUAUCAACUACCACAGUGAGACUAAGGAGUGUCAGCUUUGUAAAGAUUCCCCCUACACCAACCCGGUGUUAGUACAGGAGGCACAAUACUGGGAAAUCUACUACCUACAGAAAGAAAAUGACUGGGAGCUGGUCUUCAGAGCUCAGGCCUACAACAACAUCAGUCCUUAUAAUGCCUGGAUGGGGACGUUGUCUCUACCAACAUUAGUGGAAGAGGGCUGCCUGCUAUUGAUGAAUACAUCCACGUGCACAACCAUAUAUAGAAACGAUAUUCUGAACACAUGGGAUUCGGAGAGUAUUUCUGAGGUUAAGCUAGAACUCUACAAAGCCGGUGUCAGAGUGGUAAACAUCCGAUUUAAUGGUACAAGGUCAACGUAUACCGACUGGUUUGGGAUCAACAGAUUGAUAGACAGUGGCUGGGAGACCUUGUCUCAAAGUCGACACUUCCCUAACUUCUCAGUGCGUGGACCAUGUCAGCGGUCCUUUUACAUCAAUCAGUACUUCAGAGGCUGCCGUUAUGACAAAGGAUUGAUAUUAGUGAAUGAUCUUAACUAUAACCCUUGUCCAUGCACAUAUGACACAACGUCCAACAGACCUGAAUUCAUGUAUGCUCCUGGAGAGGAUGUCACACAAUGGGAAGAUUACAAUUAUGGCCAAGCGGAUGUGUUAGCAGUGUUCAUCAAACGAUGA